AGCAUUUGCUUCCAUUGCUUCUCAGUGUAGCAGCGAUGGGUCAGUUGACGAGGGCAGAGUGGAUCGCGCAUGUGCAGACGCACCACGCUCUGCUCGGAGUUUUCCAUGCUGGCACCGAAAAGAACGACUCCUUCAAGUUUCACGAGCGAGUUGUUUUUCUUGCUAUGGCCGUGGCGGCUGCGUGGUACGGCGUCUACUUGAAAUACUUCUACCUGCGGCGUUGGAUCCCUGCGCUGUUCGACAUGAUUCAGGAGGAUCUUCAGCUGUUCCCGUCCACUUGGCUGGAGGACCAUAUCGACAGCGCAUUGUGCUCGGCAGCCGGGGGCGCCGUAGACAUUCUCCUUGGCAAGGAGGUGGUGCGCACAGUGCUGAAGAAGGACUGGCAGGACGAGGGCGGAGCGAAGCAGGUCAUAUCCACAUGCUGCAUGGUCUAUGCGGUGGCACUCACAGCUGGGGCGGUCGGCUUGCAAUUCGCCACCUUUGCAGAGAAGCCACACCUCACGGCACGGCUGUUGGGCAAGUGGCUCAUCACCACGGUGAUGAAGCUCUCCUUGAUCGAGACACUGAUCUUGACUGUCAAGCUUCUGAUGGCCCGGAGAUCGGAGGCGAAGGGGAAGAGCCAGUGAUGCAACUGCGCUGUCAAUCGCGCAAAGUCCCGAAGCGCUAGCACCUAUGGCAUGGCAUCGAAGUUCGGCGAGUGUCAGGCAUGCACGCAAAAGUUGAGGUGCUGUGGAUUGCCGCUUUGCUGUCACCAUUGUAGCUGAAUCCUUCGUUUCGGUAGCUGAGUUCCGUGUAUGUCAGAUAUCAGCCUGCUCUUCAUCUCGAGAAUC